AGAGACAUUUUAACACACCACACAGAACGUUAGCUCUCCUCUCGAUCCUCUUUUUCCAAAAUCCACUUUCUGUCUCAGAAGAAAGGGAAAAUGGCCGAUCAGCUCACCGACGAUCAGAUCUCCGAAUUCAAGGAGGCCUUCAGCCUCUUUGACAAGGACGGCGAUGGUUGUAUUACAACCAAGGAGCUGGGGACUGUGAUGAGAUCCCUGGGGCAGAACCCAACUGAAGCAGAGCUCCAGGACAUGAUUAAUGAGGUUGAUGCUGAUGGGAAUGGAACCAUUGACUUCCCAGAGUUCCUUAACCUGAUGGCCAGGAAAAUGAAGGAUACUGACUCGGAGGAAGAGCUUAAGGAGGCUUUCAGAGUUUUUGACAAGGACCAGAAUGGCUUCAUCUCUGCUGCUGAGCUCCGUCAUGUGAUGACAAACCUUGGUGAGAAGCUGACAGAUGAGGAAGUAGAUGAGAUGAUCCGCGAGGCUGAUGUGGAUGGUGACGGUCAGAUCAACUAUGAGGAGUUCGUCAAAGUCAUGAUGGCCAAGUAAGGACAUCAUCAUCCAUAACCAAGCCCCAAAAAUGCAAAAAAAAAAACAAAAAAAAGGUGGAGGGUAAUAAGUUUGCUAAGAUUUCUAUUUCUGAUUAGGACAUCUUUGUUUUGCUGUUAUUAGCUUUCAAUUGGUGGUUGUCUGUUUUUCUGUUUGCAUUAUUUUGUGAGCCUAUUCCUGGUUAUCCUACUUAUCUGCUCUCUUUUUCGUAGUAGUUGUUUGGCUUCGUAGUACUUAUCUUUGAUGUGUGGUAUUCUAUUUCUUUUCUUGC